AUGUCGGAGGAAACAAUUAUGUCUAUGAUUGAUCAGGCAAUUAAAAUUGAACCACCACAAUAUUCACCAGAAGACAUUAAACUCGAAAUGGAGGAUGAUUUUGACAAACCCGAUGUUAUUGUUAAAUCUGAAUCGUGUUCUGAAGAUAAUGAUACGUGUUUAGAAAGAUUUAUGAAUUCCGAGGUAACAAUCGAAGAAGAAGUCAAACAGGAGUUAGUCGAGACAUUAACUUAUGAAUGUGACGUUUGCAAUAGAUCAUUUGCAGAAUCAAAUCAUUUAAAAGAGCAUAUGGCCCAUCAUUUUUCCAAUAAUAGCAAAGAAAGUCAUUUCAAAUGUGAAAUCUGUUACAAAACUUUUGAUCGAUUAAGUGUUCUGAAAAGACACAUGCUCAUUCACAGUGGUGGGCUCCCCCAUCAAUGCAAUAUAUGCAAGAAGACAUUCACGCAAACAGGUAGUCUGAAAAGACACAUGCUCAUUCACACUGGAGUACAACACGCCCAUGAAUGCAAUAUAUGCAAGAAGACAUUCACACAAACAGGUAGUCUGAAAAGACACAUGCUCAUUCACACUGGAGUACAUGCCCAUGAAUGCAAUAUAUGCAAAAAGACAUUUACAGAAAGAAGUAAUCUGAAAAAACACAUACUGAGACACAGUGGAGUACGUCCUCAUGAAUGCGAUAUAUGCAAUAAGACAUUCACAGAAUUAGGUAAUCUGAAAAGUCACAAGCUGAUACACAGUGGAGUAAAACUGCAUGAAUGCAAUAUAUGCAAAAAAACAUUCACGCAAUCAAGUAGUUUAAAAAAUCACAUGGUAGUGCAUAGUGGAGUACGUCCCCAUGAAUGCAGAAUAUGCAAUAAGGCAUUCGCACUAUUAGGUAAUCUGAAAAGUCACAUGCUGAUACAUAGUGGAGUACGUUCCUAUGAAUGCAAUGUAUGCAACAAGACAUACACGCAAUCAAAAGGUCUGAAAAGUCACAUGCUGAUGCACAAAGAAGUACGCUCUCAUGAAUGCAAUACAUGCAAUAAGAAAUUCAAACUAUUAAGUCAUUUGAAAAGGCACAAGCUGAUUCAUCAACGAGAGCAUCCUGAUAAAUGUGAAGUAUGUAAGAAGGAAUUUACUCAAUCGAAGGAUUUGAAGAGACACAUGGCACUUCAUAGUUUUAAGAGUGGUGGAGAUCAAUGA